ACCUGUGUGCCUGGGGCUGGGCACACAUGUCCCUGGGGUGUCCCUAUCCGCUUGGGCUCCCAGUGCCAUGAGCUCAACCUCUGCUGGGGCUGAAUCCUGCCAGCAGCAGGAGGGCAGAGCCGCCUGCAUUGCCCAGCCCUGCAAGGAGGGGAGGUCAGGCUGGGGCAUGAGGGUGAUGUCUGCCAGGGCUCUUUGCUUUCUCCAGUGGGAACCAGUCGAGUCAGCGGGUGAGGAGCAGUGUCACUGGGCAAGUAGGGGACAUGUGUGACACACCGGGCUCUGGGAGUGGCUCCCAGCCUGGCCAGCCAUGAGCAGCUCCUGCGGGAAGGCAGCAGACACGGGGAGAUGGACCCUGAGACAGGGCAAGGGCUCAUCGGUGUGCUCAUCUUGGGCAUCGGGCUGGCCUUGCUGAUCCUGAUCAUUUCUGGCUACACCGUUUUCCUUUGCUACCAGCAGGGCUGGUGCUGGUGCUGGUGCAGGCCUGACUUCAUCUUCAACCUCUACCAUGGCUGCAGGCUGAGGUCGGUGGCAGUAGAGCUGGCACCUCCGUUCAGCAUCAGUGCCUCUGUGAGCCAGGCAGGGAAUGGCUACGUGCGCUUCCACGAGCAGGGGCUGUGAGCAGCAGGGCAUGGUCCUGCUCCUUGUGCGUGGGAUCCCAGCCUCAUGGAGGUCCUGCAGAGCCUGGAGCAGCGUGCACGGGGCCUUCCAGUGGUGGCUAAACGACAGGAGAGCUUGAAGGCUUUUCUGGAGGCUCUGCAAACCCAUGUGAUGAAGUGUGAUUCGUCUUGAGAAGAGGAAUUUCCCAAUGGGGAGCUGGUGUAAAGGUCAUGCAUAAAAUGUACAAGAGAAACUGAGAGUAUUUGGACACCACAAAGCCUUGGUUCACAGAGCACAAAUCCUGGGCAUCCUGCAGCAACCAGGAGCACCCAGGUCUUGGCAGGGAGGUGGCAGCAGCCCUGCUCCAUGGCUGUGCCCAGCUAGGCUUUGUUUUCCUGGGUGGCAGCUGAUGCUCCAUCACCUGCUGUCAGCCCCUGAGUCACAGCUGGCAGGGACAGAAUUUGGAAAUGCUGAGAUGAGGUGCAGCCCAUCACACACAGCCCAUAUUUCAUGUAAAGACAUGAAAAACAAAAGUAGUGGGACCAGAAAAUGAGGAAGGAGGGAACCUGCUGGAAAAGACAAACUGCAGUCCGUCAUGUGGCUUGUGAUUUAGGGGAAAACAAAACAGUCUGAGGAGAAAGGACCGCAGCUGGAGGUUCAUUCUGAAAGCCUCAGGAGCAGUGCAGCCACCUCAGCACUGCCAGGUAUUGUGUUAGGGACAGCACCACGGGGUGCAGACCUGGCACAUGUGGGUGCUGCUGAGGAUGCUCCUCCUGCUGCUGCUCUUCUAUCCCCUCCAAAACACUGCUCGGCUGUGGCUGCUCUGCUACCUUCAUCUCAAAGCAUUUCGGGGAAACCACAGCUGAGCUCUGCACUCACCCUGGGUGCUGCUGGCCAUCAGAGCACUGUGAUAAAACCGGAGAGAAAAGAGCAGACUUUCAGCCUUUCAACUCUUGCAGUGUUGGGUGGAGAGGUUUUGAGUUCAUAGGUCAAAUCAGCACUCAAAAGUACUGCUGAGUUUCCUUUCCAUCUUAAAAACAAUUGACUAAGCUUUGCAUAGUGUUUUUACCAACCUGGAAAGCACCUGAGUCAAAGAAGCACCGCAGCUUUUCUCCAGAAGCUGUUCCUGAGAGGGCAUCCGUAGCACUGGGAGCAACAGGUGCCCCAGCUCCACUCCUGCUCUUUCUACAGAGCCACCUACGGAGAGUGAGUUCCAGCAAGGCAUCAUUCCUGGAGCUGCAGAGCUGCCUCCUGAGAGCUGCAACUCAGAAGUGUCAGAGCUGGGGCACUGGGGGCAACGUUGUUCCCUCUGCUUUACACCCUGCAGGGCAUGGCACAGGGCAGCUGCAGAAAGCAGCCAAAUGCUCUCAGUUCUGUGUGUGCAAACAGGAGAGGAUGGUGCUGCAUGCCAGGGGUUGCUCAGAAACCCUAGAAAUGAACAUCACCCACUGAGAAAUUUAUGUUGAAAGUGGACUUGUCAGGCAGGGUGCAGGAAAAGGUCUGCUCCAGCCAGGCCUUGCUGGAGGAAAAUGGGGAAUGUAGUGUGCCCAGGAGCAGGGGGUCAGGUGGGCAGCCCUGGACAGGUGGAGGGAUGGAGUUUCCCCACCCCAAGCUGGGCCAAUGAAAUGGGGAGGGCUUUAGGCUUGGCACGCUACAAGCUGGGAUGUCCCUGCUGGUCCCUGCCAUCUCUAAGAACAAAGAUGACAUUUCACAUCCUUUCCAAUGAGGUAUUGUGACACUUCGAUCACCCUGACCCCACACACGAGGGGUUUUGUGUUGAGGGACAUGGUUUAGUGAGUACAUUGGUGAUAGGUGGAUGAUUGGACAGGAUGAUCUUGAAGAUCUUUUCCAACCUUGGUGAUUCUGUGAUUCUGUGAUUCUGUGUUCUGUUGCUGGGGCAUACGCCCCCUGCAAUCCCCAUCCAGGACAGAACUGCGAGUGAUCAAGCUGCAGAGAGGAGCUAUUGGCAGCCCCAAUGCCUGGCUGCCCAGCUGGCACCCACUCUCCCCAUGGCCAACCCUCACCUCACCAGCCUUUAUCCAUAGCCACGUUCCUCCCAGGGCGCAGAGGCAGGUGUUUUGCACGCUGUGCCUGCAGCAGUUGGGAAACAGGCAGCGGUGGAGCUGGGCAGCAGGUCCGACUGGUUUCCUCCGUGCUGGCACUGACGUACAAACCCGCUCACCAAACAGAUCCUGCCCCGUCCCCGCGGACCUGACCUCGCUCCGCAGCAGGGAAUGGCUGUGCCGGAGCUGUGAUUCCCAGCCCAGCCCCGCAGCGGCCCAUGGAAGGGAAAAUCUCUCCGACCACGGCAUCGCCCAGCUCCCUCCAUGCCUCCGCAGCCAGCAGCAUCUUCAGCAUCCGGCCCCCGCAGCCUCGGGAGAACGUCCUUGGCAUCAGCUUCAAGCCCUACAGCCCCGAUUCCAUCCCGGCCCCGGUCCCGUGCACGGCCUGUGAGAGCACACGAUCCUCCAUGUUCAGAGCUCCCUGCAUGAGCCAGCGGCGGCUCGCGCUCAUCUUCUGCGUCUCCGUCCUCAUCGUGCUGAUCGUCGCCCUCAUCCUGCUGUUUAUGUUCUGGCGGUCGCAGACCGGCAUCGUGUACAAGGAGCCCGCCGAGACCUGCAAGGACAACCCGGUGCGCUGUGACGGCGUGGUGGACUGCUCCCAGAGGAGCGACGAGCUGGGCUGCGUGCGGUUCAGCUCCGACCGGUCCUUGCUCCACGUUUACUCCAGCGCUGAGAGCCAGUGGCUCCCGGUAUGCAGCAGCGCCUGGGACGAGUCCUUCUCUAGAAAGACCUGCCGGCAGCUGGGCUUCCAGAAUGCGUCGCAGACAGAAUACAUCCCCCUGCACGUCUCUGGCAAGAGCCUCACGGUGACAGAUGAGCGGGACACCAUCCAGCAGAGCCUCAACAGCUCCCAGUGUUUGACAGGGAAAUUCGUCUCCCUGCGGUGUACAAGUAAGCGGGCUGUCCAGCAAGGCAGGAGGACAAGGGCAGCGUGUGGGCAGAGGAUUUCAGGCCGAAUCAUCGGAGGGAAGGAAACCUCGGUGAGCAAAUGGCCCUGGCAGGUCAGCGUGCAGUACGGACCCGUCCACAUCUGCGGUGGUACCAUCAUCGAUGCGCAGUGGGUGCUCACCGCCGCGCACUGCUUCUUCAUGAACAGCAUGAAGAUCCUCGAUGACUGGAAGGUGUACGGCGGGGUGUCGGACCUCAAGCAGCCCAUGGAGGGCAUCCCCGUCUCCCAGGUCAUCAUCAACUCCAACUACAGCGAUGACCACGACGACUAUGACAUUGCUCUCAUGAAGCUCUCCCGGCCGCUGACGCUCUCAGCUCAGGUUCGACCAGCCUGCCUCCCCAUGCAUGGCCAGCGGUUCCAGACCGGCAGGUCCUGCUUCAUCACCGGCUUUGGGAAAACCAGGGAGAACGAAGCUCUGCAGAAGGUGUGCGAGAAGCAGCAGCUUGCUCCCUCCUACAGCGGGGGGCCGAGGCUGGCCCUGCCCGACGGCUCCUCCUGCCUUGCAGAUAACACCUCCCCAAAGCUGAGGGAGGCAGAAGUCAAACUCAUCGACUACAAGAUCUGCAACAGUGACAAGGUGUACGAGGGCUACCUGACCCCGCGCAUGAUGUGCGCUGGGUACCUGCAGGGGGGGAAGGAUGCGUGCCAGGGGGACAGUGGGGGGCCCCUGGUGUGCGAGGACAACGGCCGCUGGUACGUGGCUGGCGUGACGAGCUGGGGGACGGGAUGCGGCCAGAAGAACAAGCCUGGGGUUUACACACGUGUGACGAAACUCCUCGGCUGGAUCUACAGCAAAAUGGAGAGUGAGAACAACUGAAGCCAGGCUGGAACCUGUGCAGCAGCACCGGCUGGCACCGGCCCCUUGCUCCCCCUGCCACCAGGGCACGGUGUACCAGCUGCUGUCCCUGCUCCUCUGGGCUGCUCAUGCAAUUGGGGACCUGCAGCUGCCUGGACUGUGACAAUGCAGCACUUGCAGAACACCUCGGUCCUGCUGAGGACAUGGAGAUGUCUCUGUCCGGGGCUCAGUCUGUGCUGGAUGUGCCCACUUGGAGCUGCCGUCUCAGCUGUGGCCUGCAAACAGAGUUGCCAGGACCGUGUGUCCUUGAAUGUGGGCACAACCAGAAGAUGUGGGGCUGCUGCCCAUCCCUGCAACUGGAAGCCAGGAGCAGAAAGCUGCAGGUGCCUGUGGUGAGUGAGCCCCUUCCUCUGCUCGCUGCAGGCACAGCUGAGCAAAGGGGAGCCCCAUGGGGCAGCUGAAGCACCUGCUGGGAGGAGGAACGGUGGUUGCUCUCACAUUUGCAUAUGGAUUUAGGAAGUGUUUUUUAAAUGAAGUGCUUCCCCAGCAGAGAAACACCCAUUUAUUUAUUUUUCUAUGCCCUGGAAGCACACACUACUGGGACUUUGUGCAGCCACUCUCAGCUCCCUGCCUGCCCUGGGCAGGGGUUGGGCAGCAGUGUAGGGCUGUUCUUAUCCUGGGGGUAGCAGGGCUGUUCUGUGACACAUGACAGAAGCCAGCAGCAGGUGAAGCUCAGGACAGAGCAAGAUAUAGAGUAGCACCCAGCCCCAUGCUAGCCCCAGCAUCUCCCAGCUCCGUGGCCAGUGCCAGGUGCCGGAUUUCUUUGUCUCAGCGCUGCACGCAGUCCAUAGAGGACACACAAAUGCCCGUGUCUCAGAGCAGAUGUGUCGAGGUGCGUGCACGCUGGAUGGAGGCAGGCUGCUGCUCUGCUGAGGCUGUACCCCAAGCUGCAGGGGGUCCUGGUGCUCUUGGCUACCCCACACUGUUCUCAAUAAAUGUUUCAGUAGUGCU